UGUAUUGUGAAAUCCAUGUGACCGGAAACUGUGAGGUUAGCAUACCGUGGCUAGUUCCAGUAGUGUGUGUGAGUGUGUGUGUGUGUGUGUUCAUUUUGGAAAAUGUUACCAUUAUCAAUUAAAGACGACGAGUACAAACCCGCCAAGUUUAAUUUGUUGCUAAAGCUGUCGGGAUGGAUCAGGUCGAUUCUCGCCGACAAAACCUCUCGAAAUCUGUUUUUCUUCUUGUGCUUGAACCUCUCCUUCGCUUUCGUGGAAUUAACCUUCGGCAUCUGGAGCAACAGUUUAGGAUUGAUCUCAGACUCCUUCCACAUGUUCUUUGACUGCACGGCGCUGCUGGCGGGCCUGGCCGCCUCCGUCAUCUCCAGGUGGCGCCCGAAUGACAGCUUCUCUUACGGGUAUGUCCGAGCUGAGGUUCUUGGCGGCUUCGUCAACGGGCUUUUCCUCAUCUUCACCGCUUUCUUCAUCUUCUCCGAAGGAGUUGAGAGGGCUCUGGAGCCUCCAGACGUUCAUCACGAGCGUCUGCUUCCUGUCUCCGUGGCCGGUCUGCUUGUCAACCUGGUGGGAAUUUUCGUCUUCCACCAUGGAGGACACGGACACUCACAUGGCGAGCAAGGUCACGGCCACAGCCACUCGUUGUUUAACGGCACGACGACUCACAAGGGACAGGAUCACCACGGGCACGAUGGACACGCCCACCACGGGCACGAUGGACACGCCCACCACGGGCACGAAGGACACGGGCAUGAAGGACACGCCCACCACGACGGACACAGCCACGAUGGACACAGUCACGCUGGUCACGGCGACGAGCAUCGCCUCGGUUCCAACAAACAGAUCCUUCAAGGCGUGCUGCUGCACAUCAUGGCCGACACUUUGGGCAGCGUGGGCGUGAUCAUCUCCGCCCUUCUCAUGCAGAACUACGGGCUGAUGAUCGCUGACCCCAUCUGUUCCAUGCUCAUCGCCAUCCUCAUUGGCGUCAGUGUGGUGCCUUUGCUGCGAGAUUCCAUCGGGAUCUUAAUGCAGAGGACGCCGCCCCCUCUGGACGACGCCCUCCCCGAGUGCUACCAAAGGGUGCAGCAGCUGCAGGGCGUCUACAACGUGCACGACCCUCAUUUCUGGACGCUGUGCACCGACGUCUACAUCGGAACGCUCAAACUCCUCGUGGCGCCGGACGCCGACACCCGCUGGAUCCAGAGCCAGACGCACAACAUUUUCACGCAGGUCGGAGUCCGUCAGCUGUACGUUCAGAUCGACAUCUCCGCCAUGUAGAGGCUCCUCCCCCUUUGGACUCUGGGACCAAUUGCCUGUUGUCUGCUCUGGUGACCUCUGACCUCGGGGUUACAGCAGGACCCUUUUAGGGGGAGGGGCAAACUGUGAUGAACUCGAACUGCCCUUUAAUUUUGUUACCCGUCCUUGUCUGCCUCCAAGGGGCUGCCCUUUUCCACGCCCCCCCCCCCCUCGCCAACUUCCUCAAGUACCUGUUGACCGGAACAGGGAAUUCUGGGAAAGUGCCUUCAUUAAUAAUCCGAGCUGAACUGAGCGCUGGAUGGCCACGCCCCCUCAGAGUGCAGAUUGAUCCAUGGACUGUGUCCGUGUGCGGGUGCCAAAACCACAGUCACAAGAGGGGGGGAGGGGGUGUAGACCCUCAACAGUAAGUAACAGACUGGUCACCUUUGUCGACGUCACAGGACAGGAAACAGGAAGUCUGUGUGGUCAAACGGAGCGUUUGGCAGCACAACCAUGAAAUUGACCAAACAAAUUCAAAGAAUAUUAAAGAAGACUUGCUUUAUUUUGAAGUUCUU